AUGUUAGAAAGAGAUAAAAUUCAAGGAUUAGAGCACCUUUUGAAUAUAAUUGCGAAUGAUAUAGAUGAUCACGAAAGGAGUAAUAAAGAUGGCGAGCUACCAUUGGCUAAGUUUCUGCUUAUUAAGCGAUUUGUACAGCAUUGGCAGAAAGUUUAUAAGAUAUCAAUGGCUAAGAGCAAUCAAUUUAUGUUGAAAUUAUUGGCCGCAGCGAAAAGAUUAUUUCCCUCAAUAGAUGAUUUAAAUUAUACAAUAAAAUCAAUAUUGCGACUACAAGAGGUAUACCAUCUAUCAGAAAGGGACUUAUAUCACGGAAUUAUUCAAGGUAGUAAUCCUUUAGGAGUGAAAUUAAAUUGGCAUGACUGUAUUAAGAUGGCAAAUGGUGCAAAAGAUAAAAAAAAUUACUAUCGAGCUUACAAUUGGGCUAUUGAAGCUGCUAAAUAUUGGAAUAAAACAGGUUUAAUUAAGCAACAUGAACAAGUUAAGAGGAGAAUUUUACAGCCUUUAGCUAUCUCUGCCUUUCAGAUUGGUAAGAUCCAAGAUGCACUGCAUUAUGUCCAAGAAUUACUAAAAUUAGAUCCGAAUGAUAAAUUCGCAAACGAAGGUUAUCAGAAGUGCAAGAAAGCAAUUUCUCAGAGUAAUGGAACCGAAGCUAAUAAAAUGGGAAACCAUGUUAAACGUUACCUUCAAACUAAAUUGGAUUACUUACCAACCUAUACUAAACUAUGUCGUAGUCAUAAGAAUUAUCAAACAAGCCUAAAUAACGGUUUAAAAUGCUAUUACUUUAAUCAGUCUCCUCUAUUACACUUUAAUCCUGUCGCUGUUGAGGAGAUUAGUUAUAGCCCAGUCAUUCGACUCUACCAUGACAUCAUUAGUCAUCAAGAAGCCGAAAUAUUAAAGAACAUAUCGUCGAAAAAGUUAACUGUGGCGAGGACAUUUGUACAGAUCAUGCCAAAUAAUUCUGAAGCUGAGGGAGAAUAUAGAUUUGCCAAACAUGCUUGGUUAGGUGAUAUAGAUAAUCAAGUUGUUCGACGACUGUCUGUUUUAUCAGAGGAGUUAACAGGCUUAGAUUUAUCUUAUGCGGAGAAAUUGCAGGUGGCUAACUAUGGUGUUGGAGGGCAUUAUUCCCCUCAUUAUGAUUCAGCAUCAAUCGAUGAUGAUACAGGCAAGCCAAGAUUAGCAACAAUAAUGUUUUAUCUCAGUGACGUGGACAUUGGAGGAGCUACCGUUUUUCCAGACAUUGGCAAAGCCAUUUUCCCUCGCAAGACCAGUGAAAUCAAAGCAACUAUGAGAUCUUUAUUAAAAAUAUUAGCUUAUCUUAUAGCAACUUCAUUAUAG